UUUUUGUCUGAACCCUUCCGCUCUCUCUACUUCAUCUCUUCAACCCGCAACUUUCUGUCCCACGACACACCCACCUCCUUGUGCGCCGCUCGUAACUACACUUGUUUGUCCGCCGCCGUUGCUGCUGGAACUUCUUGUGUAUUACACGUUGCUUGUUCCAUCUUCGAAGGAUCCAUUGUCACGGCGAGGCGCACUUCAUCAGCCGCGCGCAGCAUCACAGCCAGCGCCCCUUAGAUCCUCGUUUCCUCUCCUUCUUUUCCCCUCUCUGCGAGUCAAUCCACAACGUUCAUUUAGACUUCCUCCCCGCCCAUCGGCAGCAAAGGCACAUAUUCACCACUCAUCAUGUCUGACGAAAAGGUCCGGUCCUCAGUGGACAAUGCCCGCGAUCCCGCACAGCCAGUUCUCCCCACCGUGAACCCCAACCUCGAGAAGCAGAGUGCCCCAGAGGCAACCUUCCAUCCCGCCGUCUAUAUCGCAACAUGGAUCGGCCUCAGUUCCAGCGUCAUCGUCUUCAACAAAUGGAUAUUAGAUACGAAGGGUUUCAAGUACCCCAUUUUCCUUACGACAUGGCAUUUGACUUUCGCAACCUUGAUGACCCAAUUCCUCGCCCGCUUCACCACCAUCCUCGACUCCCGUAAAAAGGUUCCCAUGACUGGACGUGUCUACCUGCGAGCCAUUGUACCUAUCGGCAUCUUCUUCAGUCUUUCUCUGAUCUGCGGUAACCAAACAUAUCUGUACUUGAGUGUAGCAUUCAUCCAGAUGCUGAAGGCCACCACCCCUGUUGCUGUUCUCCUCGCGACCUGGAGUCUCGGCGUUGCACCACCAAACAUGAAGACUCUCGGAAACGUUUCCUUCAUCGUUAUCGGUGUUGUCAUUGCUUCCCUCGGCGAGAUCAAGUUUGUCAUGGUCGGUUUCCUCUUCCAGUGCGGUGGCAUCAUCUUCGAGGCCGUCCGUUUGGUCAUGGUCCAGCGUCUCCUGAGCUCUGCCGAGUUCAAGAUGGACCCUCUGGUUUCCCUCUACUACUAUGCCCCCGCCUGUGCUGUCAUGAACGGUAUCAUCUGCUUGUUCACUGAAUUCUCCCGCCUGUCCAUGGAUGACAUCUACAGAGUUGGCUCCUUCACCCUGGUUGCCAACGCUCUUGUUGCGUUCCUCCUCAACGUCUCUGUCGUUUUCCUCAUCGGCAAAACCUCUUCCCUCGUUCUCACUCUCUCUGGUGUCCUCAAGGACAUUCUCCUUGUUUUCGCCUCCAUGUUCCUUUUCGGCGACCCCGUUACUCUGCUCCAGGCUUUCGGUUACGGCAUUGCUUUGGCUGGCUUGAUCUUCUACAAGCUCGGUGCUGACAAGAUUCGAGAGUACACUGGCCAGGGUGGCAUGAUGUGGGCUGAAUUCGGUGCCACUCGCCCCGCCGCUCGCAAGAUCCUCAUCUUCGCGGUUCUUCUCGUUACCAUGUUCGUUCUUUUGGGUGGUCUUGCCCCUAGGUUCGCCCCCACUGCUACCGACAAGGCCUACAACAGGAUCGGUACGAUGCUCGGUGAGAAGGGCGCUUGAACGCUUUGCACUAAGAUUCAAUCAUCAAUCUGGAGUAUGUGCGAUGCAGUCAUUCUCGGGCCUGUUGCAUGCAUAGAUUCGCAGAUCCGCUAGGAGUUUUCGAGUCCAUAUCAAAUGGGGGGUUUUUGGUCCAGUGAUUCAUGGAGC